AUGCCAUGGCAGACUGAAAUCCCCUGGACACUGAUAAGGCGACCAGCAAAGCCCUGGUCCAGCGCUUUACGCCAGAAGACAACCCACUAUCCUUCCCAUUGGUUGAGCAUCUUCUCUACAUGCCCUCUCUACUUUAUGCCGUUCAAAGUAUUGGUGCAGAAACGCGUCUUCAACAGCGAGGCCUCGCGAUCCAGUCUCUACGAAAAGAACUCCAGAACCCUGAUUAAAAUCAAGCCUGCAACGGUGCUGAGUGUUUUUCUCCUUGGCGUAUCCGCGUGUUGGACGGAGGACAAGCCCCUUUGCUACGGAAAAGAGCACAUGUCAGGUGCGCGUACACUAUUGGAAAGACUGCUCUGGUUCAGUACAUACUUGGGUGGUACCUCUACUGGGAUAUGGACUUGUGCCUUCGUUGCAGACCCUGGCGACUACAAGUUCUCUGCUCAAGCCGAAGGAAGCAUUUUGCAAGCUGUGGAGAGUGGCCAUGAUUUUCACUCGAUGACUGGAGUUUCCUCGGUGCUAUUCUAUCAUCUUGCGUCUGUGGGCCGCCACUGCCGAAGGUUGGUGCAAACAGGUGCUGCGGAUCCAGAUCUGGAGGCGUCUUUCGAAAGGACCCUUCUCGACUGGAAACCCAGACACAGUGACAAAACACUGGUAGAAAUGAGUCUUGCAUAUCGGAAUCAUGGCCUCAUCAUGCUCUAUGAAAUUUGCGGAAGACGCGACCAACCACAGACGAACGGUGUAUAUCGUGGCCCUGCAAUUUGGAACAAUACACGCACUCGACAUGCUAUCAGAUCUCUUGCUUUUGAUAGUCUUGAAAGACUGUUGGGAACGCCGAUUGAUGCGGCAUGCAUGAACUUUCACUCAAUGACUCUUCUGACGGCAGGUGCUCAACUUCAGCACAACGACACCAUUGUACGAGUCCAGGUUGUCGAAAGGUUCAAGGCUCUAUACUCGAUAAAUCAAAUCGCCGUCAAUCUAUGGGCUAUUGAGUUGUUGGAAGAGCUUUGGGGCCUGCGCGACAACGGCAACCCAGUGUCUUGGCCAGAGUUGCUGUUGUCAAAGGACUGGACUUUGAAUUUUGCUUGA